UGACACUUCUCUCUACAAGACGACUGUCUGACAGCAUGUCAGGACACUACAACUAGUGCUGACCCCAAGACCGCAGCCACAGUCUCAGUCUAAAUUAAUCACUGACAAGAUCAGACCUAAAAAUUCCGAGGUCUGGCUGGUCCAAGAUGGUCAUGUAACAGGUAAAUGCAUACACUGCGGAGCUCAUCUGUAGCCACAUUGGCUAAAGCUGUCUGCAAAUUGUCCCCAAGAUUAAAGAGCACAGCAGGGAGACCUUCGGCUCCACUGGGCUCACGUUUUCUGACCAAUCCUGAUGACGUCUUUAAGCACAACAUGUGGGAUCAUGUACAAUGGACAGAAGAGGACAAAGAAAAUGCUCGACAGAGGAUAGAAGAAAAUUCCUGUAUACAAAUUCCUUUACAGGAGCAAGGUAAAUUUGACACUGAUGCUUGCCAGUACUGGGACAAGUUUUAUGGGAGGCACCAGGAUAAGUUCUUCAAAGAUCGCAACUGGCUGUUUUUAGAAUUCCCAGAACUGCUUCCCCCAGGUGCAAAAAGUGAAUUAACUAACAGGUGUCUGCGUGAUCAGCAGCCAGCACUGCCUACUGGCUCCAGCACAGACACAGAGACCAACAGACAUAACAGAAGUCCAGACACUGCCGAUCUUCAGGAGUCCUGUCAAAAAGUGGUGCCAGAAAACGAUGACGCUGCCACACAAACUGCUACUUUCCCUGGCCAGCAUGCAUCUUUUAGGAUCUUGGAGGUUGGAUGUGGAGUGGGUAACAGUGUCUUUCCCAUCAUUAACACCAUAAAAGAAAAGGAUGCAUUUUUAUACUGUUGUGACUUCUCCCCACGUGCCAUUCAGCUGGUCAAGGACCAUCCAGACUACAACGACUCUGUGUGUCAUGCUUUUGUUCAUGACGUUUGUGAGGAGAACACCUCCGUUCCCUUCCCUCCUUGCAGCCUGGAUGUUAUUCUGACAGUCUUUGUGCUCUCUUCCAUUCAUCCGAACCGAAUUCAAGGAGUUGUGAACAGACUAUCUACAUACCUGAAACAUGGAGGGAUAUUCCUCUUCCGUGAUCAUGGGAGAUAUGACUUCUCACAAGUCAGGUUUAAAAAAGGUCGGUGCUUAUCAGAGAAUUUCUACACACGUGGAGAUGGAACCUGUGUGUACUUUUUCACUAAAGAAGAAGUUCAUGAUUUAUUUUCCAAUGCUGGACUGGAAAAAGUUCAGAAUCUGGAGGACAGACGACUUCAAGUGAACAGAAGAGAGAAGGUUGCUAUGCAUCGGGUUUGGAUGCAGAGCAAAUACAGGAAAUUGUAUCCACCCUCAGCAUCUUAACACACCACCAUGCACAGCUUAUGUUGAAAAUGACUUUUUAUACUUUGCUACUUAUUCAUUCAAUCCUGUUUUUAUGUUUUUGUUUUACUGCCAGAGGAGUAUUAUUACAACAACAAAAAUAUAUGCAAUAAACUUACAAAACAAAGCUGUGGUACUGUCUGGUAAGAUGACUGUUAAUACUCUCUCAAAAUAGGUCCAUGGAGAAAACACAGUGAAUAUAACUGGACUUUAAAAUGGCUGAUGAUUAAAGUUUGGAAUAAAAUGAAUAUUUCCGUAUUAGGACUACAUACCAUAUGACAACUGGGACAAAUUACAUUCAUAAUAAUAGAUCAUUCAGAUCCUGUACUUGGGUGAAAGUAACAAUGCCACACUGUACCAAAACUCUAAUAUGAACAAAGGUCCUGCAUUCAAAACCAUACUUAAGUAUGUAAACAUUAUCAGAAGGAGUAGUAGGACUAUUCUGUCUGCAUUAAAAUGGUCAUGUCAGUGUUUUACUAAUGUAUUUAUAAUUUUUGGAUCAAUAUUACUGCUACAUAAAUGUGUAUUUAGCAUUUUACUGCUGUAGUCCUUCAAGGUGUAGCUCAUUUUAACUACUUUAUAUACUGUUGGUAAGUUUAAUCUAGAGGUUUACAUCAUGUUCUAUAAAGUCAUUAUAUGAUUGUAGUGUUGUUGUCUUAUGAGAACCAUGCAGAGUUGGAAAGACCUGUCAGAUUAAACUGGUAAAACCGAGA